CCUGCGUUGCAUUCUGGGAUAGCAAUGGCGACUCUCUCGGCUGUAAACAUUCGCGUUGAGUGUACGAAUAUACACUAAAACAUUGUGUUGGGUAAUAGCCACGUGGGUUAGAGUAUACUACGUGUUUUUGCUCGUAAAAUGAUAUUAGCUCUUUUAAAGUGAGAGUUUUUAGUGUCAAUCUUGAAAGAAAUACACGUUGGCCAGCUUGCUGCGUUGUCUUGUCAGGAUUGUAGCUAACCUGCUAACAAACUCCACUCUUCUUGAGAUAAUGAAUGACGAUGAGUCCAUGCACCGACUGGAAGGGAGUGAUCCCAAAGAACAAGUUGGGGGACUGAUAGUCAAGAAGAAGAGUGCUGCUGCAGAAAACCAUGUUUUUCGGGCGCCUACACCUCGAACCUCUCUGCUGGGUUUGGAUCUGCUGGCAGCUCAGAAAAGGAAAGAACGAGAGAGUAAAGAACAGAAUGAUGGCAGUGGUGAGGACAGGGACAGAAAAAAAUCAAAGGUGUCUUCAUACAAAGACUGGGAGGAAAAUAAAAGUGACUCUGGGUCAGAUGAUGAUGAAGAUGAUGAAAAGAACUCACAAGAUAAAAAAGAGAAUAGGAAGUACCGUAUGAGCGGCUCAGAGACACCUUCCAGUCCUGGAGGAGUCAGUGAUGAAUUCCGGCGUCGGCACCAGCAAAGAGAGAAAGACAGACGUGAGCACGGCGUCUUCAUCUCAUCUAAAGAGGACAGGAAUAGAGAUAAGGGCAAAGAUCGAAAGAAUGAAAGAGAUACACGAGAAGGCAGUUCCAGCAGCCACUCACACCGCAGUGAGAGGAUUGAGCGCUCACAGAGAGAUGGCUGGUCAGACCGCAUCAGCCGGGGGAGCAGGCGGGAUGAUCCCCCGACCCCACAACAACGCCCCAGAGAUGGUUGCACGCCUUCCCGCUCCAACUGGGAAGAGGAUGACAGUGGUUAUGCCAGUUCACGGCAUUCCCAAUGGGAGUCUCCUUCUCCUGCUCCUUCUGCAAGAGACUCCGACCGCUCAGAGCGCGGUCGCCUGACUGGCAGAGAGAGCGAAAGAAGAGACCGGUCAGUGAGAGGCCGUUAUCCUGAUGACACACCUCUGCCCACUCCAUCCUACAAGUACAACGAGUGGGCCAAUGACAGGAAGCAUUUAGGCUCCACCCCUCGUUUAUCUCAAGGAAAAGGUAAAAAAGAUGGUGAAGGUGGAAUUUCAUUUGAAAACAGGGAUGAGAAAGAGCAAUGGGAAGAAGAUCAGAAGCAAGCAGACAGAGACUGGUACAUGAUGGAUGAAGGCUAUGAUGAGUUCCACAACCCUUUUACGUCCACAUCUGAUGAGUAUAUCAAGAAGAGAGAGCAGAUCCUUCAGAAGCAGACUCAGAAAAGGAUAUCUGCUCAGAAACGUCAAAUCAACGAGGACAAUGAGCGAUGGGAGACCAAUCGUAUGUUGACCAGCGGUGUAGUGCAGAGGUUGGAGGUGGAUGAAGACUUCGAGGAGGACAAUGCAGCAAAGGUUCACCUGCUGGUUCACAACUUAGUCCCGCCAUUCCUGGAUGGGAGAAUUGUGUUCACUAAACAGCCAGAGCCUGUCAUUCCUGUGAAAGAUGCCACCUCUGACAUGGCCAUCAUCUCCCGCAAGGGCAGUCAGCUGGUUCGUAAACAUCGUGAACAAAAAGAACGCAAAAAGGCCCAACACAAACACUGGGAACUGGCAGGCACUAAGCUGGGGGACAUCAUGGGCAUCAAGAAGACGGAAGAAGGUGCGGGAGAGCAAGAGGUUGGCGAGGAUGGCAAAGUAGACUACAAAGCAGAGCAGAAAUUUGCCGAUCACAUGAAAGAAAAGAGCCAAGCCAGCAGUGAGUUUGCUAAGAAGAAAAGCAUUUUAGAGCAGAGACAAUACUUGCCUAUCUUUGCUGUCAGGCAGCAGCUUCUUAACAUCAUAAGAGACAACAGCAUAGUAAUUGUUGUUGGUGAAACGGGCAGUGGGAAAACCACUCAGCUGACCCAGUAUCUACAUGAAGAUGGCUACACCAGCUAUGGCAUGGUGGGCUGUACACAGCCCCGCCGAGUGGCUGCCAUGAGUGUGGCCAAGAGAGUCAGUGAGGAGAUCGGCACCAACCUUGGAGAAGAGGUGGGCUACGCAAUUCGUUUUGAGGACUGCACUUGUGAGAAAACAAUGAUCAAGUACAUGACAGAUGGUAUUCUGCUGAGAGAGUCACUGAGGGAAUCUGACCUGGACCACUACAGUGCCGUUAUCAUGGAUGAAGCUCAUGAGCGCUCACUAAAUACUGAUGUGCUGUUUGGCCUGCUCCGUGAGGUUGUAUCACGACGCACAGACUUGAAACUCAUUGUCACCUCUGCCACAAUGGACUCUGACAAAUUUGCAUCUUUUUUUGGCAAUGUACCUAUAUUCCACAUUCCAGGAAGAACAUUUCCUGUUGACAUAUUAUUUAGCAAGACUCCUCAGGAAGACUAUGUGGAGGCAGCAGUAAAACAGGCACUGCAGAUCCACCUCAGUGGGUUGAUGGGAGACAUCCUUAUUUUCAUGCCUGGUCAGGAAGAUAUUGAGGUGACAUCCGAUCAGAUUGUGGAGCGAUUGGAGGAUUUGGAUAAUGCGCCUGCUCUGGCUGUGCUGCCCAUUUACUCUCAGCUACCCUCUGACCUCCAGGCCAAAAUCUUCCAGAAGGCUCCAGAUGGAGUUCGGAAAUGUAUUGUUGCAACAAAUAUUGCUGAGACUUCCCUCACUGUGGAUGGGAUUAUGUUUGUUGUGGAUGCAGGAUACUGUAAACUUAAGGUGUUCAAUCCUCGCAUUGGAAUGGACGCAUUACAAGUGUAUCCCAUCAGUCAAGCAAAUGCAAAUCAGCGUUCUGGCAGAGCAGGGCGUACAGGACCAGGACAGUGUUACAGGCUCUACACUCAAAGUGCCUAUAAGAAUGAGAUGCUAACCACCACCAUACCAGAGAUACAGAGGACCAACUUGGCCAACGUAGUCCUGUUGUUGAAGUCACUCGGUGUUCAGGAUUUGCUUCUCUUCCACUUCAUGGAUCCGCCACCUGAAGACAACAUGCUUAACUCCAUGUACCAGCUCUGGAUCUUGGGAGCUCUCGAUAACACUGGUUCCUUGACACCAACCGGCCGUAUGAUGGUGGAGUUCCCCCUCGACCCAGCCCUGUCCAAGAUGCUGAUUGUGUCCUGCGAUAUGGGCUGCAGCGCUGACAUCCUCAUCAUUGUUUCUAUGCUGUCUGUGCCAGCAAUCUUUUACAGACCUAAGGGCCGUGAGGAGGAGAGCGACCAGGUCAGAGAAAAGUUCUCCGUGCCAGAGAGUGACCACCUGACAUACCUCAAUGUCUACAUGCAGUGGAAAAACAACAAUUAUUCCAGCAUCUGGUGCAACGAUCAUUUUAUUCACACCAAGGCUAUGCGAAAGGUGCGUGAAGUGCGCUCUCAGUUAAAAGACAUAAUGGUGCAGCAGAGGAUGAACCUGAUAUCCUGUGGUUCAGACUGGGACAUCAUCAGGAAAUGCAUCUGUGCUGCUUACUUCCACCAAGCUGCCAAGCUCAAGGGCAUUGGUGAAUAUGUCAAUGUGAGGACUGGCAUGCCAUGUCACCUUCACCCAACCAGCUCCCUGUUUGGUAUGGGAUACACACCCGACUACAUCAUCUACCACGAGCUUGUGAUGACCACCAAGGAGUACAUGCAGUGUGUGACUGCAGUGGAUGGAGAGUGGCUGGCAGAGCUUGGACCAAUGUUUUAUAGUGUCAAACAAGCUGGAAGAAGCAGACAGGAAAACCGUCGACGUGCCAAGGAGGAGAUAACCAACAUGGAGGAAGAGAUGUUGCUGGCUCAAGAGCAACUACGAAGCCGCCGAGAUGAGCAGGAGAGGAAGAACAUUGGGACUGUAAAGUCUGUGAGAAUCUGCACACCGGGAAGACGAGAAGAGGCCCCCAUGACACCUCGACGCACUCCCUCCCGCUUUGGACUGUAAAGCACCUUCCACAGGUCUUCCCGACUCGCCAUCGGAGGAGCAAGCACAGUGCAUACAUGUGUAGUUUUAACUGCAGUGCAUGUACAGGCCACUAGGGAGGGAACUUGUAUAAGACAAGGCCAGCUCCUUCAGCAACUGUACAAUAACGAAUCUGUACAUUAAUAUUGGUUACAAUAUUAAACUGUCACAGAGGGCUUUUUUAAAAUAUGCCCUUGUAAAUACAAGGGGGGAAAUUAAAAUGUGUCCAUUUGUCAGAAGAUCUGAUACAGUUUUCAUAUUGGUCAUCUUUGGGAGUCCUUGUAUUUACCAGCUGCAACAUCCUGUGUUGUUGCCACCACAGCACCAUCAAGAGCUGCUCCACACACUCAAGCACUGUUCUUCUUGUACUUGUGUACAAACGUGGUUGCUCUCUCCACCUCUGUCGCCGUGCUCGGUGCUGCACACAGUUACCUUUGCCUCCUCUUUGUGUGCAAUGUGAAGUCGCUCAGCUUUGCACCGUCGCCACAGCACAAUAAGCAGCAACACUUUUAUUUUCACGCCCAAGAGUAGUAUCAGUUGUUUGUGUGCGUGAAUGUUUCUGUUGAUGAAUAAUGAAUCACGUGCUGCCCACAAACUGGGCUCCAUAUAAACUGGUCUAGCCUACAGCUCUGUGAAGGUCAUAUUCACUUUUUCGUGACUUAUCGGGGUAAUAUUGACUGAAUGUUCCUGCAACCAUUUUUGUAAAAUGGAAAAAAUAAAUGUCAGCUAUUUGUUUUUGUAAA